AGUGCUGCUGCGUGGCGGACCCCAGCAGGGCGCCCGGGGACUUCCUCUGCACACAGCGCUGGGCGGGGCCACCAGGCAGGGUCUCUGCGGCCCGGGUGACGCAUCCCCGCCUGGCCCGCCCGAGCAGCAGCUGGGUCUCUGGGCCACAGGCGCACAGCCACCUUUCCCCGGGGGCUUUGGAAUGGACCUGUGCCACCCAGACUCAGCAGAGAUGAGCAGCGGGGAGACGGAGGAGCUGCAGCUGAUCAAAUGGCAUCGGAAGCAGCUUCUGGAGGACAUCCAGAAGCUGAAGGACGAGAUCGCAGAUGUGUUUGCCCAAAUCGACUGCUUCGAGAGUGCGGAGGAGAGCCGGAUGGCCCAGAGGGAGAAGGAGCUGUGCAUUGGGCGAAAGAAGUUCAACAUGGACCCCGUGAAGGGUGUCCAGUACCUCAUUGAGCAUAAACUGCUGACCUCCGACGUCCAGGACAUCGCCCGGUUCCUGUACAAGGGUGAGGGCCUCAACAAGACAGCCAUCGGCCUCUACCUGGGGGAGAGGGACCCCGUCAACCUGCAGGUCCUCCAGGCCUUCGUGGACUGCCACGAGUUCGCCAACCUCAACCUCGUCCAGGCCCUCAGGCAGUUCCUGUGGAGCUUCCGGCUGCCAGGAGAGGCCCAGAAGAUUGACAGGAUGAUGGAGACUUUUGCCACCCGAUAUUGUCUCUGCAACCCGGGCGUCUUCCAGUCCACAGCACCUCUUCGACAGCAUCAAGAGCGAGCCCUUCUCCAUCCCGGAGGACGACGGAAACGACCUCACCCACACCUUCUUCAACCCGGACCACGAGGGCUGGCUGCUCAAGCUGGGGGGCCGUGUGAAGACGUGGAAACGGCGCUGGUUCAUCCUGACAGACAACUGCCUCUACUACUUCGAGUUCACCACCGACAAGGAGCCACUGGGGAUCAUACCCCUGGAGAACCUCUCAGUCCAGAAGGUCGACGACCCCAAGAAGCCAUUCUGCCUGGAGCUCUACAACCCCAGCUGCCGGGGCCAGAAGAUAAAGGCCUGCAAGACGGAUGGCGACGGCAAGGUGGUGGAGGGCAAGCACGAGUCCUACCGGAUCUCGGCCUCCAGCGCCGAGGAGCGGGACCAGUGGAUCCAGGCCAUACGAGCGAGCAUCACCCGUGUCCCUUUCUACGACCUGGUCUCUGCCCGGAAGAAGAAGAUCGCCAGCAAGCAGUGAGCUUCCUGUGCAGGUGGCUCUGGGGGCUGGGUGUUCCGGGAACCCCAGGACCUGCGGUACCUGGAGACCCCCUCUCACCCUCAGUGCACCCUCUCCUGUUCCCCAGACAUCGUCACCCUCCCCGAUGGCCUCGAGCUAACAGUGGGGGAGAGGCAGAGCUCAGGACGGUGUGUGGGAGCUCCCAGGGCUCAGAGCCCACCACCGAGGCCCCCUGGCCCUCGGCGUCCAGCCACUAAAGUCAAGGGUGAGGAAGGCAGCCGAAGAGAAGCACCCUGGCCUCUCUCUGGGCCUCAGUUUCCUAGCCUGGGGAAUGGGUCCUCACUCUCUGAAAUGCUGUCAGCCCUCAAAGGAGGGGUUUGGGGUCCUUGAGCGCUCCCUGCCCUCAGCGAGGUUUCCUCCUUCAACUCAGGGGGUUCCUCUGCCGGCCCCUCCCGUCCCCAGCCGGGGCUCAGCCGUCCCUGCUUGCGUGGGGUUCACCAUGCACACAGCUCAGCCCACGGACGGGACCCCUGGGAGAAGCCAGGAGCACUGGGUAGGAGCCCAGAGCCCACAGGGUCAGUCCCAGCUUCGCCUCCAGCGCCGUGUGGCCUCUGCCAAGUCAUGUUCCUUCUCUGGGUCUUGGCAGAAUAAGGUGUUUGGGAUAGAACCAUUUUGGCCCCUUCUGGCCCUUGACCCCCAGAGCCCCCCCCCCCUUUGGGUCUGCAUCCCCAACGGAUGGACAAGAUUACCCUGGGUCCCCCUGAGAGUUUCCAGCUGAGACUCCUGGGUCCCUGGGGUGACAACUAUUGGGGAGACAAGAGGAGAAGAGAGCUCCAUCUUCAAGGUGGGACCCCUCCAGGAAAUGGCAGAGAGUGUUCCAGAUAAGCGAGAAUGGUGGUAUGACCAAGAGACCAAGAGAGAGCUGUGUGGGCUGUGGUUACCAGGAGGGCUGCCUGGAGGUGGUGGCCGAGCCAACGAGUGACACAGGGCUCAUGCUUAGAGAGGCAGAGACUCGGAUCCGCUUUCCCUGCUGGACUACUGACCAGAGGUCCCACGGCAGUGAGGGGCAGCCCCCCCCGGACCCCAGCAUCCUGAGACCUGCUAUGGCAGCACCAUCAGAGUAGCACCACCUUCCUAGCACUGCAGGCAGCACUGUCUCUAGGGAGACCCCGGCCUGGAGGAGGAUUCCACAAACAGGCUUCUUCUCAGAGGCACGUUGCACCCCCUCACGCUGGCUCCUGGAGGGAAAUUCCCUGGCAGGGGAACAGGAAAUGGGGUUGCCUCUGCCCAGUAGUCAGUACUACUGGUCAGUAGUCCAGCAGGGAAAGCGGAUUCGAGUCUCUGCCUCUCUAAGCAUGAGCCAGCCUGAGUGGGCGAGCAGGAGCAAGGUAGAUUCCUAGGGAGGAACCUGUCCUCCUACACCCCCCACGUGCCUUUCCUCCGGGUCAAACACCUCAAGGGAGGAGUAGCUGCCUUGUCAGGUGGUGAGAUCCCUGUCUCUGGAGGUAUGCAAGGACCUGGUAGUGAUGUUGCAAUAGGCAUCUGCAGGAGGAGACCUUGCCUGCAGCUAAUGUCAGCUGUGAGCUAAGCUCCACCUCCACCACCCCCUUUGGCUCACAAAAGGGCAGUCAGGGUUGGUGGAUAGAGCACCGGGCUGGGGUUCAGGAGGCCUAAGUUCCUCUCCUGCCUCUGGCCCACACUGGCUGUGUGACCUUGGUCUUCUCCCUUUCCCUCUCUGGUCCUCAGCUUCCUCCUCCAUCACUGAGGGGGUGGAAUCAGCCAUUUUUCAGGUGCAAGUGGCCAUUCAGGUUUCACUCAGGGGUGAGAAUAAAGCUCAUGAUCCAACUCGU